AUGAUAUCUCAUAAUCUUCAUAUGGCAUUGAUAAAAAUCGGUCAACUUGUCGAAGGACUUACUAAUCUCACUCCCAGGGAAGAAACAGCGACGAUAACAGAUAAGACGGAUAUGGUGAUCUCUAUCGGAGAAUCUUUGACUACCGCGAAACAAGUUGGGACUUGGAUCAAUAUGGCGAAACAGUGGAAUGAUAUGGAUCAACCUGACCAAUUCAGCAACUUCAAUAAUACUAAUGCUAAUGCUAACACACUUGCUGAGACUGGUACACUUGGGUCAAAGCUUUGUGCAGACUCUAACAUCGAUGAUAGUACUCUCAGCUCGAUCGCUCCCGACUCACUUGGUGUGAUGGAACACACCACUUUUAGCCAAAAUACAGAUAAGAGUUCGGGACUGAGAAAAGGUGGGAAGGCUUCGAAAAGGAGGAAAACAUAG